CUGACAUUAUGUUAUCCAUUUUGGACUUUGUGUGUAGGACAACUCUCUCCUACACUCUUAAAUUGGACAUUUUUGACCGAAUUUAUAGAAGGAUAAGAAACAGUUGGGGAUUAGGCAGCAAGAGCUAUAUUAUUGCACCUAUGAAUCGUUUAACGGAGGACCACCAAGAACCCAAGAGCAUAGGAAAUGACGGCCAUAUAAAUACCGAUCAUCCUGAAGAGAAGUCCCAUCAAGAUUCUGGCUCUGUUGUAGGGAGAAAAGGAUCAGGUGAGAAGGAAAUGGCCCCCAUGGCCGGAAGUUCAAUUCACCGGUCAUCUUCGCGGCCACAGCUGGAUCUGAGUGGGGCCGCUAUUCAGGGGAAUUUCGAGGAGAAGGACCCGACAAUUUUGCUGCCGAAUCAGUCUGAUGAUAUUUCUCACUUGGCUUUAGAUAUUGGAGCUUUGUUCUUGUUCGAACGUGUUGGUUCAUCUCAAUUCUCGAAAACACGAUCAUUAAUUAAGCUGGUGUACUUCUCACGGCACGAGAACCAAUCGGCCAAUGACCGGAGGAGAAAGAUUAUCGAGGCACGACUUGGAAUGGAAUCACGGAUUUGGCAAUCUGAGGUUUCAAACACGGAAAACACUGUAAUUAAGGCAACAGGUGGUGGGGCCCACAAGUUUGCCGAUCUUUUCAAGGAAAGGCUUGGGAUUAGUAUAGAGAAAGAGGAUGAAAUGAAUUGCCUUGUAGCCGGUGCAAAUUUCCUACUCAAGGCUAUUCGACAUGAAGCUUUUACGCACAUGGAGGGCCAAAAAGAGUUUGUGCAGAUCGACUCGAAUGACUUGUUUCCAUAUCUUCUUGUCAAUAUAGGAUCUGGUGUCAGUAUAAUAAAGGUCGAUGGAGAUGGAGAAUUUCAGCGUGUGAGUGGAACAAAUGUCGGUGGGGGUACAUAUUGGGGUCUAGGGAGGCUUUUAACCAAGUGCAAAAGAAUGCCGCAGAUUGGUCUCUCUGCAUCAACUAUUGCUUCUAGUUUUGGCAAGGCUAUAUCAGAAAAUAAAGAGCUCGAAGACUACAGACCUGAAGAUAUAUCCCUGUCCUUGUUAAGAAUGAUUUCCUACAAUAUUGGCCAGGCAAAUAUCUUACUUAAAUGCAUUGCGGUUUGGACUCAAGCGUAUAUUCUUUGGAGGAUUUUUCAUCAGAGGUCACGCAUACACUAUGGACACAAUCUCAUUUGCUGUCCACUUCUGGCACAAGCAAUGUUCUUGAGACAUGAAGGAUUUUUAGGUGCUAUAGGUGCAUUUAUGAGCUAUGAAAAGCAUGGCUUGGAUGAUCUAAUGGUCCAUCAGUUUGUCGAGAGGUUCCCUAUGGGCGCACCAUAUAUUGGAGGCAAUGUGCAUGGUCCACCUUUAGGAGAUCUAAAUGAAAAGAUAUCUUGGAUGGAGAAGUUUGUGCUGAAAGGGACUGAAAUAACAGCUCCAGUUCCAAUGGCUCCUCCUGGAACUACUGGUCUUGGGGGAUUUGAGGUCCCAUCAUCAAAAGGAGAUACUUUAAGACCUGAUGCUAGCAAACUGAAUGUUGGGGUUCUUCAUUUGGUACCGAGUUUGGAGGUUUUUCCAUUGUUGGCCGAUCCAAAAACAUACGAGCCCAACACUAUAGAUCUUUCAGAUCAUGGUGAGCUAGAGUAUUGGUUCACUGUGCUGUCAGGACAUAUGCCAGACCUUGUAGAUAAGGCCGUGGCUAGUGAAGGUGGUACAGAUGAUGCUAAGAGGAGAGGAGAUGCGUUUGCUCGUGCAUUCUCAGCUCACCUUGCAAGAGAAAAUGAGGCAUCACUUGCUGUUCUACCUGAUUUGUUGAUGGAAAUUGACCGUAUGGACGAGGAAACAAGACUUCUUACAUUGAUUGAAGGUGUGCUGGCUGCAAACAUCUUCGAUUGGGGGUCCCGAGCUUGUGUCGAUCUCUACCAUAAAGGGACAAUUAUCGAGAUAUACAGAAUGAGUCGAGACAAGAUGCAAAGGCCUUGGAGGGUUGACGAUUUUGACGUUUUCAAAGAGCGGAUAUUCGGUUCUACCGAGAAGAAGCCUCACCGGUACAAUAGGGCAUUGCUUUUUGUCGAUAACUCGGGUGCUGAUAUUGUGUUAGGGAUGCUUCCACUUGCUAGGGAACUCCUUCGAAGAGGAACUGAAGUUGUUUUGGUUGCCAAUUCGCUUCCGGCUCUGAACGACAUCACAGCCAUGGAGUUACCGGACAUUGUUGCUGAAGCUGCAAAGCAUUGUGACAUCCUUCGAGGGGCAGCUGAAGCAGGGGGGCUUUUAGUGGAUGCAAUGAUUAACAAUCUCGAUAGCCCAAGAGCAAGAUCCAUAUAUGUACCGUUAAUGGUUGUCGAAAAUGGAUGUGGAAGUCCGUGCAUUGACUUGCGACAAGUCAGCUCCGAGUUGGCAGCUGCCGCCAAGAAUGCUGAUCUCGUCAUCUUGGAAGGGAUGGGACGUGCGCUUCAUACGAAUUACAAUGCAAAGUUCAAAUGUGAUGCUCUAAAGCUUGCAAUGGUGAAGAACCAGCGCUUGGCGGCAAAGCUGAUCAACGGUAACAUUUACGAUUGUGUCUGCCGAUUUGAACCAGCGGCGUGAAAUUACUUUAUUGCCCAUCAUAUGCUCCAUUGGGAUUAUUAGUAAAAACUAAAAUCAAGCAAGUUAAAGAUUACUUGCUAAUAAGUGAUGUCCCCAAAAUGUGUAAUAAGUAAAUGUAAAUUAUAACUUUGAGUUGAUGAGUGUUAGAAAUUAUGAACAAAGGACUAAUUUGAGGUCAAUUUAAGGGAGUUUGUUGAGUGUCAGAAAUUACUGUACAUGGUUUUUUCUUUUUGGCUUUGACAUAUGAUGGAAUGUAGAUAAUUAUUAGUGCGAUAAUCAG